AUGGAAGACCUUCAGACCCACCAGCAGGCGCACAUUCCGCCGUUGUUCCCUGUGACCACUGGACCCACCAAGAGCCUUCUGGAUCCUGGCGUCGAAGGUGAAAACGUCCACGAUGAUCGCUCAGGAGGUUCGUUCGGGCAGGACAGUGGGUACACCUCGUAUCACUCGAACACGACGCCGAAUAAUACAUUCAAUCUGUCCUCACGGCACGGUGCAUCCGUGUCACUGGCCACGAUCGAUGAGGCAAACGAGCUGGACUACAGCAUGCACGACACCAGCAUGGGACCGGCCGUCUGCAGCUCGAUUAACCUCACACCGAAAACGGCCGCCAGCAUCGAUAUGUUCUCUAACAUCCACCUGACGACUCCGAAAAGCUCCGACGAUCGGCCCAAAUGCGUCAAGCUGCCGAUUGCGUUCAAUUACGACGGCUCCGGCGGAGAGUCCAACAACCGCUCGUCGAUGCUCGCACCGUCAACGCCAGAUCGACUGCCUCUGUCACGGUCGGUGUCCAUCGCGUCGCAGGACACACCUCUGAACACGGGUAACCGGUCAGCUAGCCAGCCAAUCCAGCUGACUCCGCACAAGACCAAAGGCGCCAGCUCAUUGAAGCGCAAGCAUUCGGCAUUUCGCGAAAAGCUGUACUCCGAUGGAGCCGAUCCGAUGGGUGACGAGAACCGGCCGGAUAAUUUAAACGAUUCACUCGAUACCGGAUGCCACCGGUUGGACGACAUUUCGCCGAUCCCGAACGUGAAGCGGCGCAAGCAUGACGACCGCGUUAUCGAGGAUCUGAUGCGUUCCAGCACGCCCAAGACGGUCAGCAGUCUGCGCGCUAGCGAUUACGCCGCUCAUCCUACCGGCAAGAGGACAUUGCGAAAGUUCCAAAGCUUUAGCCCGAGUAAGAUGCAGGCCAGGGGAAAUCCGCACUUGCGCCCAUUCGGCCGUGGAGAGCUGAUGCGUCAAAAUGCGUUUUCGUCGCUGGAGAAAACGCCCGAGAAAAAGACUACACAACGCGCGCUGAGCGAAACUACGCCCUCCAAGGAACACCGUGUGCUGGCCGAAUUGCAUCCGUUUUCGUUCCCACAAAACACGAGACCCCCCAUCGACAUAUCCGAGCUGCUAGAUGCGCCUAUUCUCGAGGAUCCGGCGAAGCAGCUCGAACACACGGUCACGACCGUCCCGUCGUUGGAUGAUUUCAGUCUAACGCCGUCCAAAACGAGCCUGAUCGACCUGGCGGCCGUUAACUCGACACAGGAGGGAUCGUUUGUGUCGGAAGAUUUAGUCUCGCGCCAUGCGCCGAACGUGUCUUACUUUCCUACGCUUAACUCCAUCCUCGAGGAGUCGCCCAUUCGGGCGCAACUGAAAAGCGCCAAGUCGCCUCUCAUCAAGACGUCCCCGAGAGGGCCAAAAUCGGCUCGGAAGCCAAAGCGGCUCGGGACCAACAUCAGCAUCGCAAGCUCCACCACCUGCUUGUCCAGUCCGGCUCGGAGCCUUCGGUCACCGUCGCGUCCUCUUUCGCGCGCCUCCGUCUCCUUUAAAGGACGCGGCGUCAUCGACACGAACCAAAGCACCUCAAGCACCUCCAAACCGUACAGCUUCUGCCACUGGAGGCAUAUGAACAUUCUGGAGCAACUGAGCAAGCGGAACCAUCACGCACUGGAGGCAGUGCUGGAGUAUCUCGAGGGCACGGAUCUGGUGAAUGUGGUGUGUGUGUCACGUGGUUGGCGUGCCAUCAUCCAGAAUCAUGAGAAAAGCUGGAAACGUUUACAACAGUACUUGAAGCUGCAGGAGCCAAAUAAGGAGAACAUUUUCCAACGAAAGAAUCGCUUCUCCACCACACAGCACGAGUUGUCACUUCCGGUGAAGCAAGAUAACACCGGUAAGGUCGAGGUGAAGGAUAUCGAUAAGACUCACACCGACGAACAUGCCGUGGUCAACUCGUCCCUACCGGAGCGUCACCCGUUUAAGAUUAUCAACUAUUCUAGCAAUAGCCACGGGUCUUUCAUGAGCGGUCCGGAACUGUUCAACGUGUCCAGCAGAAGCUCAUCAACCGGAUUACAAUCACCCCCGGUCAGCCCGUCGAAGCAGAAGUUCCACAACUACCAAAAGCUUGCAUCCCACCUGAAGCAAUCAGAACAACUGCGACCUUGCCCACGCUGCGAGAAACCGAGCAGAAUAAUAUUCUCAAAUCCAUCCAAGAAUAAAAUUCGUUCUUCGGCUCGCAUCAGCGCUGGUGGGAAUCGGUUGGAAAAAUCCUACACGUUACCUGAUCCAGACACUGGUUAUAGUUAUCAGGAAGCGAAUACUCAUUCCUCAAUAACAGCGACUACAUAUGCCAAUAACAACCCUCGCAAAAGUACGAAUGUUGAGCUAUAUCGCAACAAUAACGAGUAUUCCGGUUGCUUUUCGCUCAUGACUGACUCGCCGAAUCGUGUUCGUAAGAACCUCUUCAACAACAGCACUGUAAGCUCUACCAAACCAUCAUCGGCCACACAGCCGGCAGCAGCUCGUCGAAAUUCAAUCGAAAACGGUAUCCACCAGGGCACGGUCAGCCGCAUGACGCUGCGCAGUUCCGCUGUUAAGACGGUUGGUAGUUUGUCACGUUCCGCCAGCGAAGAUCUGCACGGUGCGCGCGAUUCCAAGUGCGAUUUCGCCAUAUGUAGCGGGCAGAACUGCGGGUUCCGGUUCUGCAUCAAGUGCCUGUGCGAAUAUCAUCCGAGCACAACCUGCGGUGAUCUGGCACCAAAUUCGCCUAGCAAAGAGGAGGAACGCGAGCGGUCGAAUAUUGCCUGCAGUCAGCAGAGUCGCCGAUCGCUGCAGCGUCUCUGCAGAAGAUCUUAG